CAUCACAAAUACACAGGAAGCUUUAGCCUGUUAGUAGUUUGCCAUUUUGUGACGCCUUCAGUGCAAGUUCGUAAACAGAUUUUGCUUUGCUUGCCUGCGGAGGGACAAGAAUAAUGUCGAAACGGAGGAUCGAGGUUGUGGAUCCGUAUGUUAAGCGGAGAGCUGUUGGCUCAACAUCUAACAGCACGACUACACCCUCGACAGCACCAAAUAAUCAAGUUCAACUUAAUCCUUACACUAGCCUGCCUUACACGCCACGAUACCAUGAAUUUUACAAAAAGAGAAUCACCUUACCUGUAUUCGAAUAUCGUGCUGACUUCAUGAGGUUAUUGGCUCAACAUCAAUGUAUCGUGCUUGUUGGAGAAACAGGGUCAGGUAAAACUACACAGAUACCACAAUGGUGUGUAGAAUAUUCAAGAUGUAUUGGCACCAAAGGUGUCGCUUGUACCCAGCCAAGAAGAGUAGCAGCUAUGUCUGUAGCACAGAGAGUUUCAGAAGAAAUGGAUGUUGCACUAGGUCAAGAAGUAGGAUACAGUAUCCGAUUUGAAGACUGCAGUUCUCCAAAAACUGUAUUAAAGUAUAUGACCGAUGGUAUGCUUCUUCGUGAAGGCAUGUCUGACCCUAUGCUUGAUGCAUAUCAAGUAAUAUUGCUAGAUGAAGCUCACGAAAGGACUUUAGCCACCGAUUUACUUAUGGGUGUGUUGAAAGAAGUGAUUAAACAGAGACCAGAUUUGAAACUUGUGAUUAUGAGUGCGACCUUGGAUGCUGGAAAAUUUCAACAGUAUUUUGAUAAUGCUCCUUUAAUGAAUGUACCUGGCAGAACGCAUCCUGUUGAGAUUUAUUAUACACCUGAACCUGAAAGAGAUUAUUUAGAAGCUGCUAUCAGAACAGUUAUUCAAAUACACAUGUGUGAAGACAUAGUGGGAGAUCUACUUUUAUUCUUAACUGGUCAAGAAGAGAUCGAAGAAGCUUGUAAGAGAAUCAAAAGAGAAAUGGACAAUUUAGGUCCAGAAGUAGGUGAACUUAAAUGCAUACCACUAUAUUCCACACUGCCCCCGAAUCUUCAACAAAGAAUCUUCGAACCAGCACCACCUACAAAGCCUAAUGGUGCUAUUGGUAGAAAAGUAGUAGUUUCAACCAACAUCGCGGAGACAUCGUUAACUAUCGAUGGUGUCGUAUUUGUAAUAGAUCCUGGAUUUGCAAAACAAAAGGUGUAUAAUCCCAGAAUUCGCGUAGAAUCUCUUCUUGUAUCACCCAUCAGCAAAGCUUCUGCCCAACAAAGAGCUGGUAGAGCUGGUCGUACAAGACCUGGUAAAUGUUUCAGAUUGUACACGGAAAAAGCAUAUAAAAAUGAAAUGCAAGAAAACACUUAUCCCGAAAUAUUGCGAUCAAACCUCGGAAGUGUUGUGUUACAACUGAAAAAACUUGGUAUCGAUGACUUGGUUCAUUUUGACUUUAUGGAUCCUCCAGCACCAGAAACUCUUAUGAGAGCACUGGAGUUGCUUAACUAUUUGGCCGCGUUAGACGAUGACGGGAAUUUAACAGAUUUGGGGGCUGUGAUGGCUGAAUUUCCGUUAGAUCCUCAAUUGGCGAAGAUGUUAAUCGCAUCUUGCAAUCACAACUGCAGUAACGAGAUACUUAGCAUUACUGCUAUGCUUUCAGUCCCGCAGUGUUUUGUGAGGCCAAAUGAAUCAAAGAAGGCCGCAGAUGACGCUAAAAUGCGAUUUGCACACAUCGAUGGAGAUCAUUUGACGCUACUGAACGUGUACCAUGCUUUCAAACAAAACUUCGAGGAUCCACAGUGGUGUUACGAUAACUUCGUUAAUUAUCGAUCUCUGAAGAGUGGCGACAAUGUCAGACAACAGCUAAGCAGAAUAAUGGACAGAUUUUGUUUGAAACGCACUUCGACGGACUUCACAUCAAAAGAUUAUUAUAUUAAUAUCAGAAAAGCGCUCGUGAACGGUUUCUUUAUGCAGGUUGCUCAUUUAGAGAGAACUGGUCAUUAUUUGACCAUUAAAGAUAAUCAAAUUGUACAGCUUCACCCGAGUAGUUGUUUGGAUCAUAAACCAGAAUGGGUAAUUUAUAACGAGUUCGUGCUUACGACCAAAAACUAUAUCAGAACAGUUACUGAUAUCAAACCUGAUUGGUUGCUAAAAAUAGCACCGCAAUAUUACGAUCUACAAAACUUUCCACAGUGCGAAGCUAAAAGACAAUUGGAAGUACUCCAAGCGAAGCUAGACUCGAAACAGUAUCAAGAAGGAUUCUAACCUCUAAAUAUUUUAGAUAUUUUCAAAAAUGGAGUCGAACGGUUGAUAACGCGUGGUCAGUUUGUUUUUUCCGGCGUUAUAUCUGACACACAGUUCUUUCAAACACAAAAUCAAAACAGUAAAUGUUUUGAGACACAACUGAAGGGGUAGUAAUCUACUCUGUACCUUCUCUUCGAUAUGUAAAAAAAAAAAGACAAAUUUUAAUGAACAUUCAUAAUUUCGUACAGGUUUUAAAGUCUUGUACAUUUUUUUUAGGCUCGUGUGCCGACAAAUUUCUUAAAAACAUUUGUAGACCUCGUCCUAUCCUAACACAAAAGAAACAAAAAUUGAUAUUUAAUCUGCUAGAGGCACGCGGAAGGUAUAGUUGAUUGAUAAAUGAUUUAUUUAUGUACAUUAAAGAAAAAAAAUUUAGUGAUUAAGUAAUUUUAUCAGUAGAAUUUGUUGAUUGACGUUUGCACACUUGGAAUAUAAUACUAUAUAAAGAUAGAUUAAUUUUUGUAUUAAAUGUUGAACAAGUAUGCUAGACCAGAUGCAUACAGUACUCGACCAUGGAUAACCGAAGUUGCGAUGACUUCACAGAACCUUCAAAACAAAUUGUAUCUAUUUGAUGUUUUUUCUUGAAAACAAAUACUACCGAUAUACGGGGUUACGUGUUUCACUUUUUCCAAGUACGUACAACUAAGAGCGUUAUAUUUAUUAUGAUUGUAAUGUGCAAACAACUAGUAUUUUCAUUUUCUUUAUCAUAUCAGCAUAGUUGCACCGUUAAUAAUUUUGCAUUAAUGAAAGAAGCAAAUAUAAAGAAAUGGUAAUAAUACCAUGACUUGUAAUAUGAAAGAUAUUUUGAAAAGACAACAUACGAUAGCUUCGAAGAAAAAUCAAUAUCUUGUUUAUAAAUAUUUAGCAUAAUAAAACAUUGCAAUCCACUUUUCUUGCAAAGUAACAAUUUGCAGCAUUACAAGUUAUCUUUACGAGAAUGUAACAGAAUGUUAUACAAGUAAAAGAUUGUUUUACGAUGUCUGAUCUAGAUCAUCGCAUGCGUUAAAAAAAUCACCAGUGUAUUUUCUAGCUUGUUUUAGAUUUAAAAUCGUGUAAGUAGUUCGUGAAGUCGUUAUCACACUACAAAAUUAAUUUUUUUCUUUUUUAAUGAAGGGUAUGGUCUCGCUGUUUACGGUGUUGUUUGUUUUAACACGUUGAGUGACAAUUUCAGUUUUUGUAAAUAAAAAUUGCGCAGGUAUUAAAAAAGCGUAUAGAAAUCAUAGAAUUUAUGAUCGCGAACAGAUUUCAUUGUAUUGUAUCACUUCAUUCCAAUAAAACAAUGAGAAUAUCAUGA